AUGGAAAACAGCGGCUGCAUCCCUCUUUGCUGGAGCAAGGGGGCCUGCAUCUAUGCACAGCACCCCCUACCAAAAUAUGACAGCCAGCUAGCCCCAGCUGGAGCAUCCAAGUCAGACAUGGCGUCGUCUUCCUACUUGGAACCCAACCUCAACCACUCUACAGCGAGUGGUUGUGGGGUCAAAUCCCGGUCUGGCGGCACGGGAGUUGGAACCAGUGGCUCUGCUGGAGGACUAGAGCGGCCGCCGGGCUCAAUGGACCGGGUUCUGAAGAUCUUCCAUUACUUCGAGACCAACAAUGAACCGUGCACAUGGGCGAGUAAUAUAAGGCAUGGGGAUGCCACAGAUGUAAGGGGUGUCAUCCAAAAGAUAGCAGAGAUCCACAAAUUGCGCUGCGUGUCCUCCCUGGGCCUCCGUCUGACCCACCUGCGUUCUGAGGCGCUCCACUGGUUGCACCCUGAUUUGGGCGUGUCACACGUCAGGGAAAAAUAUGAGAAAAAACACCCCCAGGAGGAGUGGAGGUAUGAGCUGCGGAUGCGGUACCUCCCUAAAGGUUACCUCAGUCAUUUCUCUGAGGACAAACCUUCUCUCAACUACCUCUAUCACCAGGUAAAGAGUGACUACAUGCUGCAGAUAGCAGACCACGUCGAUCAAGAUGUGGCUUUGAAACUCGGCUGUUUGGAGAUCAGGAGGUUCUUCAGAGAGAUGCCAGGCAAUGCCCUGGAUAAGAAAUCCAACUACGAACUACUUGAGAAGGAUGUUGGUUUGAGGAGGUUCUUCCCCAAGAGUCUGCUGGAAUCCCUCAAGGCGAAGACCCUUCGUAAGCAGAUCCAGCAGACAUUUAAACAGUUUGCCAACCUCAACGAUGAGCAGAGCAUCCACAAAUUCUUUGAGAUUCUUACUCCUAUCUACCACUUCGACAAAGAGUGCUUCAAAUGUGCUUUGGGGUCUAGUUGGGUAAUAUCAGUAGAGUUGGCCAUAGGACCCGAGGAAGGAAUCAGCUACCUCACAGAUAAGGGCUCGAUGCCUACCCAUCUGGCUAACUUUACCCAGGUUCAGUCCAUCCAAUACUCUGCCAUGGAAGAGAAGGACAGGAAAGGCAUGCUGCAGCUCAAUGUAGCGGGGGCUCCUGAGCCGCUCACAGUCACCACUGCAUCACUGACCACGGCAGAGAACAUGGCCGACUUGAUUGACGGCUACUGUCGCCUCGUCUCCUCGCAAACUCACUCCUUCAUCAUCAGAGUUCAGAAAGAGGGGGACAGAGCCCUGCCAUCCAUCCCCAAAGUGUCAAAUCAUGAGAAACGGAUGGAGAAACGGAUGGAUGGAGUUCGGACCAGAGCAGUCUGUGUCUCAGGUCAUAAUAGUGGCGAUGAGACGGACGACUACGCCGAGAUCAUAGAUGAGGAGGACACCUACACCAUGCCUUCAAAAUACUAUGGACUAGAUCAAGCACGGGACUAUGAGAUUCAGCGGGAAUGCAUUGAGCUGGGACGGUGCAUAGGAGAAGGACAGUUUGGAGAUGUCCACCAAGGAGUCUACAUCAGCCCGGAGAACCCAGCUCUGUCUGUGGCUGUGAAGACUUGUAAGAACUCGACGUCAGACAGCGUCAGAGAGAAGUUUCUCCAGGAAGCAUUGACCAUGCGUCAGUUUGACCACCCCCACAUUGUUAAACUGAUGGGAGUCAUCACCGACAAUCCCGUGUGGAUCAUCAUGGAGCUCUGCACACUUGGAGAGCUGCGUUCAUUCCUUCAAGUGAGGAAGUACAGUCUCGACUUGGCCACCCUCAUCCUGUACUCCUACCAGCUCAGCACAGCACUGGCCUAUCUGGAGAGCAAACGAUUUGUACACAGGGAUAUCGCUGCGCGAAACGUACUGGUGUCGACAGUAGAUUGUGUGAAGCUGGGGGACUUUGGGCUAUCAAGAUACAUGGAAGAUAGUUCUUAUUAUAAAGCUUCUAAAGGUAAACUUCCUAUUAAAUGGAUGGCUCCAGAAUCAAUCAACUUCAGAAGAUUUACCUCAGCUAGUGAUGUCUGGAUGUUCGGUGUUUGCAUGUGGGAGAUUCUGAUGUUUGGCAUCAAGCCUUUCCAGGGUGUGAAGAACAACGAUGUGAUUGGCAGGAUAGAGAAUGGCGAGCGACUGGCCAUGCCCCCACAGUGCCCGCCUACUCUCUACAGUUUGAUGACAAAAUGUUGGUCGUAUGAUCCCAGCAAGAGGCCGCGCUUCACUGAACUCAAAACACAACUAAGCACUAUAUUGGAUGAGGAGAAGGCCCAGCAGAAGGAGAGGAGCAGGAUGGAGAUGAGGAGACAGGUCACUGUGUCCUGGGACUCCGGAGGCUCCGACGAAGCACCGCCUAAAGUCUGGUCCAGAGAAAGCUACUAUGAAAGGCUGUGGAAGCCAAGUAGACCAGGAUAUCCUAGUCCUCGCUCUAGUGAAGGUUUCUACCCCAGUCCGCAGCAUCCUGGACACUACCAGAUGGCAGGGUAUCCUGGGCCCCACACUCUCCCCUCAGUGCCCAGUGCCCUGUACCCCCCGCAGCCUGCCAUGUUGGACACGCACCACGCGCACACGCAUCCGCGGCAUCACGUGCACACGCACUCGCACGCCCAGCACCUUCCCCAACCCCACGGACAGGAUAUGGCACUAUGGGGUUCGGCAGUGGAGGACAGGGCAGUAGACAUGCAGCAGUGUGUAGGUCAGCAGUGCCUAUUAAUGGAGGAACAGCUGAUGAUUCAACAACAGCAGAUGGAGGAGGAUCAGAGGUGGCUGGAACAGGAGGAGAGGCUACUGAAGCCAGACACAAGGAGUUCAAGAGGAAGCCUUGACAGAGAGGACUGUGGACUGCAACCCCCGACAGGAAACCAGAACAUAUACCAGCCAGUUGGCAAGCCAGAGCAUGCAGCCCCACCUAAAAAGCCCCCCCGGCCUGGGGCCCCUAGCCACCUUGGCAGUCUGGCCUGUUUAAAUACUGGGGACAGCUACAAUGACGGUCUCAAGCCCUGGCGGCUGCAGCCUCAGGAGAUAAGCCCGCCCCCCACAGCCAACCUAGAUCGUUCUAAUGACAAGGUGUAUGAGAACGUGACGGGAUUGGUCAAAGCCGUGAUCGAGAUGUCCAGCAAGAUCCAGCCAGCUCCUCCAGAGGAAUAUGUUCCCAUGGUUAAGGAUGUGGGUCUAGCCUUGAGGACGUUACUGGCUACGGUGGAUGAGACCAUUCCCCAGCUCCCUGCCAGCACACACAGAGAGAUUGAAAUGGCCCAAAAGCUUUUGAACUCUGACUUGGCAGAGUUAAUAGCAAAGAUGAAGUUAGCCCAACAGUAUGUGAUGACAAGUCUCCAACAGGACUAUAAGAAACAGAUGUUGACGGCGGCUCACGCCCUUGCAGUUGAUGCCAAGAACCUGUUGGACGUCAUCGACCAAUCACGGCUCAAGAUGAUGGCCCAGUCCCGCCCCCACUAACCCGGAGGGAGUAGACUUUACCAAUAGGAACUGUUCUGGGAUUGGACAGACGGCAUCUCUACAGUUACUGCUUGGGGCGG